CUGACAUCCAACAUGGGACGACGAACAUGAGGCUGUUUCAAGAAGCAGACCCGCGAGGUAUCUACCUUGGAUAGGAGGUUGUAUGAUCAGGAAUCAAAUAUAAAAGAUACAUCACCUCUGGAAUGUUGUCUUGGAAUACCCUUUUGUACAUGAUUGCCAUCACACAAAUCCUCACUUUUUCUUACUCUAUUAUGAAUCACGCAGCCAACCCAACCCCGACCCUCCGCUUUGGCUUGGAGAUUGAACUUCUCCUCGGCCCUCGCAAAAAAGGUCCCUCUCACUCCAGCUGGAAGUCCCUUGCCAAAGACCUCAGCAAACGCCUAGCCAAAGCGGGCAUCCCAAACCACGUCAACGACUCCAAUGACAAAUCCGCUCACAACUACCGCGAGUGGUCCAUCACUCAGGAAGUGACAAUCCCCAGUCAGCCAGGAAAGAACCUCUGGGGCAUAGAGCUAGUCUCCCCCGUCCUCUCCCCCCUCUCCACAAACUUCUCCCCCACACUCGCCACCAUCUUCUCCCUCCUCCACACGCACUACACCGUCUUCCCCUCCCCCCACUGCUCAACCCACGUCCACCUCUCCCAGUCCUACCCCUCCCCUUUCACCCCCUUUGACCUCGCAUCCCUUGCCAAAUCCUGCCUCUACUUUGAAGCCAGUCUCGACCGGCUCUUCCCCUCCUCCCGCGGGGAGGGCUACUGGUGCCAAUCCAAUCGGUUGAAUCCCGCCCUCGCGGGGCUAAUCUUGGGGGAGUGCAUGUCUGUCAUUGACGGCGCUUACCAGGACGGAGACGGUGUGGUGGAGGCGAUGAAUUUGUUUCCAAAAGAGUCUGCUUAUGCGAGGGCGCAUGGGUGGAAGAAGGAUAGGGUUAGGGGGAAGGUGUACAAGUGGGACUUCACUGGGAUGCUGUCGGCGCCGGUGAAUAAAGGGGAGCGGCAGCCUCGGGGCACGAUCGAGUUCAGACAGCCGCCUGGGAGCGUGGUUGCUGCUGAGGCGGAGGGGUAUGUGAUUCUCGCGUUGGCGUUUACUGUCGGGGCGCUGGCCUAUGGGUCGAGCCUCAGGGUAGAAACUGUGGGAGACAAUGAACACGGGGGGAGUAUGGAAGAGCUCUGGGCUCUGUUGGUGGCCGGGGGAAGUGUGUUGGGGUGGGAUAGUCUUGGUGAGGUGGAGGGUUUCUUUGCCAGGGUGGUGUAA